UUUUUAUUCGUAUACUUUUUUUAUGGCCGUAACCAGUUUUGAUAGUGGUUCGCUUCAGACACUGUGUUAUUUAUCAAGCUUCAUUGCGUGUCAGUAGUUAGUUGUGUAAACAUUGCAUCGCUUCAGUUAUGGAGUCAAUACCGCAAGAUACUUUAUUUGAAUUCAAUCCCGACACUUUGGUUUAUUUGAGGAAGCAAUAUGAUCUCGACAAACCCGGGAGGAUUGAUGAAGCCAUUGAUAUAUUGGAGGAUUGGAUUAAAAAGCAGAAUCACUUUACAGUUAAAAGUUUUACACGAGACUACUUGGAACGGACGAUCAUUAUUAGCAAAGGAUCAGUAGAACGAGCUAAGACUAAACUGGAUAAAUUAUGCACUUCUAGAACAGUCCUACCACAUUUUUAUGAAGAAAUCGAUUUGAAAAAUCCAGAUUUAUUGGAAGAUAUGUAUGGUUGUUUCCUGCCCAAACUAACAAAAGAUCAUUAUAGAAUAUACAUAUUCAAAUGCAAUGCCAAAACACUAAAAGCGGGCCUUAUUAACUACUAUCGUUAUUUUUUCAUGCAAUGUGAAUAUGUCCAAGCACACGAUUAUUGUAACGGUAUUAUAGCAGUAGCAGACUACACGGAAGCAAACAUGUUGGAAGUCCUCAAAUGGUUCAACGCUGUUGAUGUGCGAGAAUCACUUACACUUCUGAGGGAAGGUUACGGUAUGAGGAUAAAAGGUAUCCACCUUCUAUCAGGUUCCAAAGCUUUAGAUGCUAUGGUAGCCAUUUUCAAACAAGUGCUGAGUGCCAAGGUGGCUGGACGUUUGUAUACGCACAAAAGUAUUGACGAAGUAGCAAAUAUUAUAGACAAAGAUAUUAUACCUGUGGAAUAUGGUGGCAAAGAAAAACCUCUGAUUGAACUACAUAAAAAAAAUUUGGAGGUAUUAUCUUCUGACAGUUUCACUGCUCAUCUAAGAGAAAUUAAAAAGGCGAAAACCGAUGAAAAUUUAAGACUCUCUGCGACGGAAGCCGAUCAGUAUUUGGGAAUGCCAGGAUCGUUCAGAACGUUAAGCGUUGAUUGAAUUUUGAAAAUGACUGGUUUUAGCCCAAAUAUAAGCAAAUGGUUAAAGAUAACUAUGUAUUAUCUACAUAUUAUAGAU